AUGACUGGUAAUGAAUGUCUUAAUAUUGAGAGAGGGAAUACUCAUUAUAGUACUCUUUAUGGGUUUUACGUGGAGGUAGAAAAAUACAUUCAAAGAAAAAUUGUUGGAUUAUUCAUAAAAUGUAGUGACUUGCUAAAAAGGCGUCUUGGGAAAUAUUUGGCGGUAAACUUGGCUGUAAUAAGAAUCUUCUUCUUGUUACUAACAGUGCUUUCCCGGAAGCUAGUCAGUUGUCAUCUCACACGACAGACCCUCCAGAAAAGAGACAUCCUCUCUUGGUCUCAAAGUAUUGCCGAUCUGAGAAACACGGCUAAAUUACCCCGGAACCGUGCCAUAAUAUCGCAAUUGGGGUGGAAGGGUGUGUCGGAAGUUCAAGGAAGCACUUACUCCACUGCAAUUUCGUUUCUAACUAUAGUGUUACACGUCAACAUGGAUCCUUCUAAGCGUCUUGUCAAUAUUCCUAAACCUUCCGGGCCCUUUUUAUCGGCUCAAAUUGACUCUGUUUCUUUAACUCUCUUAAUGAUGUAUCAAAAGUGGUCAAGCCUCAUGCCAAUUACCAGUGAAAUCUGCUAA